CAGUUAUGAAUUACACUUUGGUGUGAUAGGUGCCUUUUUUCCUACUGGGCUACUUAAAUUGAUAUGUGAACGUGUAAUGGUUUGUUUUACAAACAAUGGGCUUUGCGCAAUUGUUGAUGUUUUCGAUUAUAAUUUGCAUUAAUCUUCCACAUAUAAAAAAUGAAGUUACGAUUUCGGUGGACGAUUUGAAUAUUCCCUUGUACGCCGAGGACAAAUUUGUGAUUGAAGUUAGGAAUGUGAACGUGUCAAAUGCACGAUUAAACUUUGUGGUCGACAAUGCAGAUAUAGUUGAAAUUAUCCCAUCGUCAAUCGGUGUGGGUUUGGUAAAAGUAAGGAAUUACGUCCUUAGAGCCGUUGGAAAGUUAGGCGGACGUGCCGAGGUUGUUGCCAAAUUGUCGAAUGGCACGGGUUUAGACACUGUGUCUAUGACGGUAAUAGUCUACAAAAAAGAAUAUCUAUGCAAAGUCUCAAUGAUGGUUGGAUGGGUUUAUUUCUUCGCGUGGUCAAUGUCGUAUUACCCUCAAGUGCGUAUCAACCAUCUCCGACAAAGUGUCAUAGGACCCCACAUAGACUAUUUCGUGUUCUCAUUCCUGGGCAUCGCCUUUUACGCACUAUUUAACGUGGUCCUGUACCUUGUUAAGGAAGUACAGGAUGAGUACCUUCGCCGUUUUCCGGGAAGUUUAAUUCCUGUGCGAUUAAACGACGUACUGUACUCAGUACAUGGUACUUUUAUGUCGCUAGUAAUUGUAGGACAAUUUAUUAAGUAUGAAGGGAAAACGAAUCCGCCAUUAUCCAUCACGGCCAAAGUGAUCUUGGGACUGCUAACUGCAAUGUUCGUAGUGAUGUUCUUGUUAUCAGCGGAAGCCUGUAUUCCAUGGUUAGACUUUUUGAAUUUUUGCUCUAGCGCCGGAGUAAUGACCAGCUUAAUUCGUUUUAUACCACAAGUACUGGCGAACUUCAAGCACAAGUCUGUGAUUGGUGUGAGUAUUACCACUGUCAUAUUUGAUAUCGUGGGAGGAUUCUUCAGUACGCUCCAAAUGUGCGUGGAUUCCUACAAUUACGAUGAUUGGAUAUCUGUCUUCGGAAAUUUCACAAAAUUUGGACUUGGUCUCAGCACACUACUUUUCGAUGGAAUUAUAUUACUCCAAUACUAUGUUUUGUAUCGGGAUAAAAAUUACGUAAUCCAUUGAUGAAUUUAUGGUCCUUCUCUAAUGGAAAGCUGAAAGAGCAAGGGAGAGAUGUUUGGCCAUUGAAGUAUAGUCCCUCUUAGACCAUAAACAGCUAAUGGGGUGGGAAUUAUGAUGCGAACAAGCAGAUGGAGAACGAUUGUCGUAACGGAUACCAGAACUAACCUACGAUACGGUUAAUUUCUUUAAAAUGAGCCUAGUAAAGUGAUACGUAAUUUGC